GCAAAGCAGUGCUUUCCGAUCGAGCUGCAGCUACACGCCCGUCCAUCCAUCCAACUGCUUCCAUCGCUUCCAGGUCCAUCACCAACUGCUAGCUGCGCCAUUAGACCAGACGCUCUGUCAACAAUCUGAACGUCCUCUCCUAGGUUUCCCUUAUUACGAACUAGAGCCGCGCCAUCAUGGUCUCGACAACUACUGUCGUCACAGCUACUGUCGCAACCGCUGCGACGGGCAUCCUCGCCUACGCCGCGUACUUUGACUACCAGCGCCGAAACCAGGUCGAGUUCCGACGCAAUCUUAGGAGGAACGAGCGCAGGCAGGUUCGGGCCGAAAAGGAGGAGCAAGAGAUUUCGUCCCUGAAGCAACGAGCGGCCAUCAAGUCGCUUAUUGACGAGGCCAAUGAGGAGGGCUUCCCCCAGGGCGUCGAGGAGCGCGAGGCCUACUUCAACGAGCAGGUCAUGACUGGAGAGAUGCUGAGCCAAGAUCCUUCGAGAAAGGUUGAAUCCGCUUUGGCGUUCUACAAGGGUCUCAAGGUGUACCCUGCGCCUGGUGAUCUGAUCAAAAUCUACGACAGCACUGUGCCCAAGCCCAUAUUAGACAUCCUGGCCGACAUGAUCGCCCACGACAGCUCGCUUGAUAUUACCGCCAGCCGUACCGGCGGCAUCGACCUUGGCAACAUCCCCAACGUCGGCCUCGACUAAAGCCUUGAUCACCCAUCGCGAUUACGUCCUGUCAUGGUUGGCCGAUCAGAUGCUCCCACGCGAGGAUGUCACAACUAUUGACAAGAGGGAUGCUGUAGGACUUUGAUGUACCAUACUUUGUACAAAACAUGUCACGUUGAAAUGAGUACGCUCCGGCGCAAAGGGGAAAGCAUAUGGUCCAGACACGGUGCCCUAUUCUAUAUGGAAACCUUAGCCCCAUAGUCUCAUACAAUAAUCUUCUAAAGGCUUUGGCAAAGUCCUGGCUUAUGUUUUUUUCGCUCUGCGUAUCUAUCCUGGACAGGUUUCUGAGUCCUGGCGUUGGGACUGUGGAACAUGCCCUCGGAUCAACCCAAGUUGUCUGUUUAUACGUUUCAUACCUAGACUGAUUGUGUUACUUUGGUCAGACCUCGAGAUGGAUACUGGCUUUCAGUGUAGUGACCUGCAAAGCUGAGCCUUGUGGCUUUGGCGGUUGAUUAGG